AGAUACACAGAGAGUCAAUGGUAGUUCCUGGGCCAGCGGGACGAGGAGGGAGCUGUUCUCAAAAUCCGCCUUCAUCCUUUUUUAAACAGACUAUUUUCAGGGUGAAAAUUAGUGGAGCAUAAAGUUCACACUUUGCUCUUUUUAAUAAGCCUAAUAUUUUGAUAUUUCCCGAUUCGGAAUGUUAGGAAACGACUGGUGAAAACUGGGUAGUUACUGUGAAGGGAAUUAGCAAGCUAGCAGGCUGUAUAAGGGGAUUCUGGCCAGGAGAGACGGAAGAAUAGACGGGUAACAAAGAACGUGUUUUCGUUGCUUUUAUUAAACACUCCGAACAUAUAUCAUUUCAACUGCUCCCGUUAAAGCUAGCUUCGUCGCUAGCUUUGUUAUUUAGCCAUUUACCAUGGAACUGAGAGUAGGAAACCGAUACAGACUGGGAAGGAAAAUUGGUUCAGGAUCCUUUGGUGACAUUUAUUUGGGCACAGACAUCUCCGUGGGGGAAGAAGUAGCCAUCAAGCUAGAAUGUGUGAAAACGAAGCACCCACAGCUGCACAUCGAGAGCAAGAUCUACAAGAUGAUGCAAGGAGGCGUGGGUAUCCCAACAAUCAAAUGGUGUGGAGCAGAGGGAGAUUACAAUGUGAUGGUAAUGGAGCUGCUGGGACCCAGUUUGGAGGAUCUCUUCAACUUCUGUUCCCGCAAGUUCAGCCUAAAGACUGUUCUUCUUCUGGCUGACCAGAUGAUCAGCCGUAUCGAGUACAUACACUCCAAGAACUUCAUCCACAGAGAUGUCAAGCCCGACAACUUCCUUAUGGGCCUGGGGAAGAAGGGCAACCUUGUUUACAUCAUUGACUUUGGCCUGGCCAAGAAGUACAGAGAUGCUCGCACCCACCAGCACAUCCCUUAUCGCGAGAACAAAAACUUGACUGGCACUGCUCGCUACGCUUCCAUCAACACCCACUUGGGAAUAGAGCAAUCCAGACGAGAUGACUUGGAGUCUCUUGGCUAUGUGCUCAUGUACUUCAACCUGGGCUCUCUGCCAUGGCAGGGUCUGAAGGCUGCCACAAAGAGACAGAAGUAUGAGCGAAUCAGUGAGAAGAAAAUGUCCACUCCUAUUGAAGUCCUGUGCAAAGGAUACCCAUCUGAGUUUGCCACAUACCUCAACUUUUGUCGCUCCCUUCGCUUUGACGACAAGCCUGACUACUCUUACCUGAGACAGCUCUUCAGGAACCUUUUCCACAGACAAGGCUUUUCAUACGACUACGUGUUUGACUGGAACAUGCUCAAAUUUGGUGCGAACAGAGCGGCAGAAGAUCCUGAGAGAGAGCGGAGGGAUCGAGAGGAAAGAUUGCGGCAUGGGCGAAAUCCUGCGGCCCGUGGCAUGAUGCCUUCCAGUUCAGGUAGACCCAGAGGAACGCAAGAAGUAGCACCUCCCACACCCCUCACGCCAACCUCACACACAGGAAUGGAGCGAGAGAGGAAGGUCAGUAUGAGAUUGCACCGCGGAGCCCCUGUCAACAUUUCCUCCUCUGAUCUAACUGGUCGACAGGACACCUCACGCAUGUCCACGUCACAGAAUAGCAUUCCCUAUGAUCACCACGGCAAGUAGAUGCUCGCCAUGUUCUGGUAUGAGAGACAGCAUUGGGCUCUUUCUCGCGUCACCCCAAGUGGCCUGCAGUCUGCCGUACCUCGAUGAGACCCUCCACAACUCCUCAAGAGCAGACCAACCACGGCCCUGAUCUGCACUAGGACUUCUCCAGCAGCCUCUAACCAUGUGAAAUCAACCUCAGCAAAUCAAAUCGAAACAAGAGACUUCAUUUCCUCCUUCCUCUCAAUGCAAUUAAACACUUGAGAGUCACGCAAACUUGAGAGAUGGACAGAUUUUGGUUUUCUUUUCUUUUCACACACACAACACACAAAUUUCCUUACCUACACUACUCCAGCAAACACGUGGGCACAUCGGUUGUGCUUGUUAACAUCACUUUUUGCCAGACAAUCGCUGGCGAGAUGGGAGGGACGGGCGGGGGGCGUGAUUUUCGGCCAUCGCUGCCUUGGGCCCUCUGACACACACACACACACACACACACACACACACACACACACACCCCAGGAGGAGAGGGCCGUCCUCCUGCCGUCCAAGGGCCUCUUCGCAAAGCAGAGCGUCUUGGCUGAAGCCAUGUACAGCAGCUCUGAUAGCGCAGCGCACCCUCUCCUAUUGCAAAAAAUUACUUUUACACAGCUUGGAAUGCAGCUGUACUGAUAGCCAUUGACAUUUUGCUUACCGUAAUCUUUUAUUUUUGUCUUUUUGUUUGUGUACAACAGAGAUUAAAUUGAUUUCACACUGGCUACAGUCUUUCGCAGGUGAAUCUUUCUCUUUUUGUUAGUUUAACAGCGUUAAGCUUAAUGAGAUGUGCAGAACUCGAAAAAUCGAACGAUUGCAAGCCUGUUCGUUCAUAUGACCGGAUGAAGGCAGUGUCCUUUUUUAUGUUUUUUGUAGUUUAUUAUGCGGAAGGCCAGGCAGAGAAACAGUAAAGGUUCAAAUAGUUACGCCCACAGUUUCACAUUCACACUCUUUUUAGAUGGUUUUUAGUUUUCGUUGCAGCUAUCCUGGCCCAAUAUCACUUUUUUUUUUUUUUUUUUUUUUUUUUUUGCCCAAUGGUUUUAUUGCAUUCCCUUAUGCUUUUCAUUUGUUUCUCAAAAGCUGUGAAAUGCCUGUAUUGUAGAGUCGUUGAUGUUAUUAAUGUUUCUGUUUGUUUCUUUUUACCCCCUGAACUAAGCUUAGUGCUUUUACAGUAACGCAGGCACACGUGGUUGGGUCAAGACUGUUGACAGACAUUCAAAGCAGGAAGUCGAAUAAUUAGAAAAGGGCUUCGUUUUUUUGACCCGAGGCUAUAAAUGUGAACAACUUGGGGCAUAUGUUGAGACAAACGGGCACGUUUUCUUUUAACAUUUGUGUUUGGAUUUGGAAAUGGAUACCCCGAGCCCAGCUUGUCUCAUUGAGAAUACACCAGCCAUCAUUUAAGCCAUGCCUGAUUUGUUUUUUUUUUUUCGUUUUCUUUUGACUGACACUUUUAACAAUUGAGAUGCAAGGUUGUUUUUCUUCAACUUUAUUUACUGAGUAUUAUCAAUGCUUUUAGUACUACCUUUCCCUUGUUUCAGAAGUGUGGUUCCUUGACUUACUGGUGCUAUAAGUCACAGAGGACGUGGAAGGCGAGCUGCCUGUCCAUAUCAUUCAGCAUAGUAGAGCGUAGGCUUUUUCUGUAGUCUUGGGGUGGGGGGGCUAGUGGUGAAACUCUUAAAUUCUGUUGUCAUGUAUAUAGGAUGUUUCUAGUGAUGGCAAAGUACCAUUUUUUCAUAGCCUCUGUCGGUCUGUCUGUGUGUGUGCGCGUGCGUGUGUGUGUGUGUGUGUGUGUGCGUGUGUGUGUAUUGUGAGUAUGGGGAAAAGGCUAGUGCUUAGAAAGGUGCGAGGGACUUUGUUCCGUUCUAGAUUUGAUAAGUUAGUAAUUCUUUCUCUCCACUGGUGGUCUCACAGAAACAGCCGCUCCAGUACUGGUGUUGUUUAAAUGUAGGCACAAGUACACUUUGUCGGGGAUCGAGCUAUUAUGGAUUUCUCUUUCAUUUUCUGGUUCAUUCUACACACGACUGCUUGGCCAGUCCUUCUGCAUCACACUGUGCUGUAUCAGGUGGAAUUAUGGAAAUCUUCCUUCCCUGGAAGAUUUUUUUCCUCAUUUGUAUUGCCACUGUAUUUGUGUAUUUUAAAAUGUGUAAAUAAAUUAAUAAGUACUUGUAA